AUGAAGGCAAUAGUGUUCGUGGCUGCGACAAUUUUGCUUCCGCAAUUGGGAUUGGGAUAUCCUUUCGAUGACUCAAUCAAGAGAACUCAAGAAUUGACCAUUGAUGGGGGUGAAACCUCGGAAAGCGGAAAUAUCCAUGAAAUAGCAUUAGAGGAGAAUGAAAUCUUUCAAGCUCAAACAUUCAAUCAUGAAUUAUUGAGCAGAGCGCCGUAUGGUGUUGAAGACUGGGAUGUUCAGACGAUGGGACACUUCAGCCAAAAAGCCGGUGAUGAAGACAAUUCGGCAGCCCACACAUAUAUCAAGCGCGCAACAGGGAGAGAUACAUUCAAUUAUUUCAACAUCACACCUCACACUAGAACUGGCGUGACUCGAAUUCAUGACCGUGGAAUCUUUGGAAAGGGAAGUGUGAUCGGUAUUAUUGACUCUGGAAUCGACGCAAAUCAUCCAUCUCUUAAAGGUAGGGUUCUUCCGGGAUAUGACUUCACUACGGAUUCUCCGUUGGCAGAAGGAAAUUCCGAUUCGACUGGACAUGGUACAUUUUGCGCUUCUCUUGCCGUUGGAGGCUUCCAAGCUUUCCAGGGUGUUGCACCCGAAGCAAAUGUUCGUAUGUACAAGGUCGAGGAUCUGGUGAAUGGGAUUUUUAGUCAGGAUCACUACGAAGAACUCGUUCGCAAAGCCAUGCUACGUGCUUUGGACGAUAAAGUGGACGUACUCUUGAUUUCCCAGGGCCUCAAUAUUCCUGUUGGAAAUUCUCCUACUGUAGAAGUUGUUUCUAGGGUCACAUCGCAGAUCCCUGUUAUCGUCCCUGCCUCAGACUUGGGCCGGGAGGGAUUCUACUCUGGAAAGAACGGCGCGGCUUCUGAUAAAACCAUCGUGGUCGGAUCAUAUACUUUAGCUAACGCCCUCGUGUAUAAUUUCACGUUGACGAAUGGGACUGGCGACACGUCCUUCUCAUAUUACACGAGCGAUGGAACACCGUUUGACACAUCUUCCUCGUAUAAUGCUACAAUCGUUAGUGACGUUUGUGAUUUGGAAAAAUUACCAGCGGAUGGUUCCGGAAGUUUCCUUAUCGGUUCAAUAGAAGAGUGCUCGCCACAAGUGGGUAUAAAAGCGGCUGAAGAACGCAACUACUUGGGUCUUAUCUUGGCUUCGAGCAUAUCAAUCAUUAAAAACUUGCCUCGGAAUUCAUCAAAGCUCAACUUCAUUGGAGUCAUGCUGAAUGCCGAUAUCAGCGAGCGCAGAAGUACUCCUAAAUUUGGAACAAUUAAGUUUAACAAAUCAGCCCCAUUUUCCUAUGGCGCAGCCCAUACAAUGGAGCCAAACUACAUGUCCGACUUUUCUUCUUGGGGCCCAACUUUUGACCAGGGCAUUUAUCCUCACAUUGUCGCUCCCGGCGGCGAUGUCUUUGGCGCAGUGGCCGACGGUGCCUACACUAUGAAGAAUGGAACAUCUUAUGCGGCUGCUUAUGUAGCAGGCGCACUAGCACUUUAUGUGAGCGGCAAUAAGAAUGUUUCCAGCGAGCAGAUCAGGAGAUCGCUAUUGGCUACAACAAAAGUCUGUGCAAAUACAAUAUACUUCCUUGACGGCUCGAUCCGACCAGACGCCUACUUAUAUGAUCCAUUCACCAAGCAAGGCUCUGGGUUACCUUACAUGCCCAAUAUGUUCGAUGCCCAAACAACAUUUCUCUCUGAUCCGCUCAUUAAUCUCAACGACACCGAGCAUAGGGUUGCAAACCACGAAAUCAAAAUUCAGAAUACUGGAAAUCGCACUCUCGAUUAUUUGAUCUCUAGUCUCAGUUCGGAGGUGAUUAAUGCCACAAACGCAGAUGGUCUGAUUGCUAGCCUGGAUCUCUAUCCUAUCCCUCAGAACCACAGUCUUCUUUCUUAUGAUCCCGUGCCUCGAUUCCCAGAAAAUGAGGUAAACUUUUCGCGCACCCUGUUUUCACUCAAACCUGGUGAGAUUGGAUCGUUCAAUGUCACCAUAAGACCAACUCCCGACUUGAAGUCGUCUCUUUCACCAAUUUUUUCAGGUUUGAUCAAUAUCACGUCCUCGGAAUCUCGGAUGUACUACAUUCCCUACAUGGGGAUGGAGUUUGACUCUUCCAAAAAGGACGUAUGGAGUGAACCUGCUGCUCUUGGAACUGGCCAAGAUGACAAGUUUGUUGCGGCAACAGACCAGAAUGGAAACCUAGGAGUUUUGAAGCUGCCAGUCGUCUAUGGUCCCAUUUCAUGGGGCUCGUCUUUAAUGUCUUUUGACUUAGUGACGGCAGACUACGAUCUUACUUCAUACAGAUGGCCAGCUACGGCCGGUGAUAAAGGCAUGCUUGGUCCGAUUUCUCUGUUGCUGAGUACCAACGAAAGUAUUUUGUUUCCACUUGCAUCUACGCCAGUCUCAUCGCCUAAGACAUAUAGUAUUGAUUCCUUUGCUGACGGAACUACUAUUCCGAAGGGUGAAUACAAGAUCUUGUACCGAGCCUUGAAGGUGUUCGGAAAUGCCAGCAACAUUGACGACUGGUCUUUGCGGUUGACUCCAAGAUUCACACUUGAAAAUGACUUGAAGGCGAGCGUCAACAUAACCAAAAAUAGUACCACGAAUGGGGCUAGCUCGGCGCUGCCGGGACGUUCAACGCUGUUGGCGCAGACUGGAACUUCUUCAUCAAAGAGUCGUGGCGGAAGUGCUGCGGGCUAUAGUAUUUCCUCUGCCUUUACGUUCCUUGCAUUGGUUUUGGCAUUCAUUUUCUAG